AUGGCCUCAGAUUCCCAGAGAGUCAGGGGCGGAACAGCAGGCAAUGGUAGGUGCAAAAGUCUGGGCGGCAAUGGUCGGUGCAAGAGUCUGGGUGGCAAUGGUCGGUGCAAGAGUCUGGGUGGCAAUGGUCGGUGCAAGAGUCUGGGUGGCAAUGGUCGGUGCAAGAGUCUGGGUGGCAAUGGUCGGUGCAAGAGUCUGGGCGGCAAUGGUCGGUGCAAGAGUCUGGGCGGCAAUGGUCGGUGCAAGAGUCUGGGCGGCAAUGGUCGGUGCAAGAGUGUGGGCGGCAAUGGUCGGUGCAAGAGUGUGGGUGGCAAUGGUCGGUGCAAGAGUGUGGGUGGCAAUGGUCGGUGCAAGAGUGUGGGCGGCAAUGGUCGGUGCAAGAGUGUGGGUGGCAAUGGUCGGUGCAAGAGUGUGGGCGGCAAUGGUCGGUGCAAGAGUCUGGGCGGCAAUGGUCGGUGCAAGAGUCUGGGCGGCAAUGGUCGGUGCAAGAGUGUGGGUGGCAAUGGUCGGUACAAGAGUCUGGGUGGCAAUGGUCGGUGCAAGAGUCUGGGUGGCAAUGGUCGGUGCAAGAGUGUGGGUGGCAAUGGUCGGUGCAAGAGUCUGGGCGGCAAUGGUCGGUGCAAGAGUCUGGGUGGCAAUGGUCGGUGCAAGAGUGUGGGUGGCAAUGGUCGAUGCAAGAGUCUGGGCGGCAAUGGUCGGUGCAAGAGUCUGGGCGGCAAUGGUCGGUGCAAGAGUCUGGGCGGCAAUGGUCGGUGCAAGAGUCUGGGCGGCAAUGGUCGGUGCAAGAGUCUGGGCGGCAAUGGUCGGUGCAAGAGUCUGGGCGGCAAUGGUCGGUGCAAGAGUCUGGGCGGCAAUGGUCGGUGCAAGAGUCUGGGCGGCAAUGGUCGGUGCAAGAGUGUGGGUGGCAAUGGUCGGUGCAAGAGUCUGGGCGGCAAUGGUCGGUGCAAGAGUCUGGGCGGCAAUGGUCGGUGCAAGAGUCUGGGCGGCAAUGGUCGGUGCAAGAGUCUGGGUGGCAAUGGUCGGUGCAAGAGUCUGGGCGGCAAUGGUCGGUGCAAGAGUCUGGGCGGCAAUGGUCGGUGCAAGAGUCUGGGCGGCAAUGGUCGGUGCAAGAGUGUGGGUGGCAAUGGUCGGUGCAAGAGUCUGGGCGGCAAUGGUCGGUGCAAGAGUCUGGGCGGCAAUGGUCGGUGCAAGAGUCUGGGCGGCAAUGGUCGGUGCAAGAGUCUGGGCGGCAAUGGUCGGUGCAAGAGUCUGGGCGGCAAUGGUCGGUGCAAGAGUCUGGGCGGCAAUGGUCGGUGCAAGAGUCUGGGCGGCAAUGGUCGGUGCAAGAGUCUGGGCGGCAAUGGUCGGUGCAAGAGUCUGGGCGGCAAUGGUCGGUGCAAGAGUCUGGGUGGCAAUGGUCGGUGCAAGAGUCUGGGCGGCAAUGGUCGGUGCAAGAGUCUGGGCGGCAAUGGUCGGUGCAAGAGUCUGGGCGGCAAUGGUCGGUGCAAGAGUCUGGGCGGCAAUGGUCGGUGCAAGAGUCUGGGUGGCAAUGGUCGGUACAAGAGUCUGGGCGGCAAUGGUCGGUACAAGAGUCUGGGCGGCAAUGGUCGGUACAAGAGUCUGGGCGGCAAUGGUCGGUACAAGAGUCUGGGCGGCAAUGGUCGGUGUAAGAGUCUGGGCGGCAAUGGUCGGUGUAAGAGUCUGGGCCAGUGA